AUGUUGGCCCUGAUGGCUGCCGGCUCCGUCUUCUUCCCCGGACUUUUCCUUUUAUCCAAACAGUCUCUGAAACACAUUAUGGGAUGGAGCGACGGGGACGCCGCCAUCGUGUCCACCAGGUUCGUGUCCUCCCUCCAGGCCGUCUUGGCCUCAUCAGCUGGUCUUGUGAUCUCUUCGUCCUGCAGCGACGUCCUGCAGGACCGACAUUGGCUGACCGACACCUACAUCCUGUUUGCCGCGCCGUACUUUGCCUUCGACAUCUACGCCAUGUUCCUGUGCUACUUGCACAAGUUGCAGGUCAAAGGUCACGAGGGACAGGAGGGCGGAGUCGGGUGGAAGCGAGCCGCGGUGGCCGGUUACCUGCGGCGAGAGAAGCUCCUGGUGCUGCACCACGUGUUCAUGGUGGCCUUCUGCUGCCCGGCCUCGCUGCUGUGGAGAAAGGGUAGCGGUGACUUCUUCCAGGGUUCCUUGUUUCUGGCUGAACUCAGCACUCCGUUUGUCUGUUUGUCAAAAGUUUUGAUUCAAUUCCAGAAGGAGCACACUCUGCUCCACAGGGUCAACGGUCUCCUCCUCCUGCUGACCUUCUUCUUCUGUCGUGUGCUGCUCUUCCCGUACUUGUACUUCUCCUACAGCAGGUCCUCCUCCGUCCCCCUGUACCGGGUGCCCCUGGUGGCCCCGUGGCAGUGCAUUCUGGGAGCCUCCCUGCUGUGGCCCCUUCAGCUCUACUGGUUCACGCUGAUCUGCAGAGGAGCUCUCCGCGCCACAGGGGGGCGGAGCCACCGGACUCCUCCCCCUCCGGAGUGA